CGAAAGGACUGCAUAAUGAUUGGCGCAGUUUCAAGAUGUCUCGGUCUGCCCUAGAAGAGGCCACGGUUCUUCCACCCUCCACAGAUGUCGCCUUCAACUAAGCGGAAGGUGGACCAGUGGAGAAGACUAUAAGGGAAGGAGUAAAAGUCCGAUUUAAGUGUCCCCCGUGACGAAAUUGGAUUGCGGCUCAUCCACAACUACCCACUCAUUGAACACCAUGUCCGCUACGGCUUCAAUUGAGACCACCAUCCAACAAGGGGCAGAUGGACAGUUUCUGGACCUCUCGUCUUUUGUAUUCCCGAAAAUGUACGACGAGCAAGAGAUGUUCGACCCAUUCCCGGGAUUCGACUCCUCAACGUCUGCUCCUCAUGCCUUGGUAGCUACCCCGGAGGUACCUCAUUCUGGCUCCCCUAUUGAGCUGUUUGCUGGUCAGCAUCCUUCACGAGCGAGUACACCUAUACAACAAUAUACCGGCUUGGAAAUGGCUGUAGAGGAAGAUGAUUAUUCGGAAGAGGAUUUGUUUCGUGAAAACGAGAAGGAAGUGGCGUAUAAUGAAGACACAGAUUGGAAGAUGGACGACGAUGAUAUGCAUGUGACAAAUGUCCACAUUCAGGACCUGCCCCAGUACGCUCCACUUUGCAUCUCGACUCCUAGAAUUUCCCCUCAUCUCUACGCAUCGGCUCCCCCUCCCGCGCUACCUGAACUGCUCGUUUCUCGGCUGGAUGAGCAACACUCUGCUCGGUACCCUCAACUCGGUCGGGCUCGAGUCGAUUUACCUGCAAAGAAAUCCAACGCGAACAAAAGGGAGUCAUCGACCUGGGUCCGUCGUUCUACCAGGGUAAGAUCACGGAAUGCUAGUGAGCUUCAGCAUCGGCAAUGUACCAUUCCAGACUCACCACCAAACUCAAGCUCAACCGCAGCCUCAAUUGCAACUUCGUCUGCAGAGUCAAAUUAUACAGUUUCCCCAUCUCCUGAACCUUCACGUUCACGACAUUGCUUAUCGAAAGGAUCAACUUCUUGUACACCCCGUCUGGCAAGCUCAUCGCCCGAGGCACAGCUCAUCCAACUUGCGCGACAAGCGGAAGGGGCAAUCAGAAAGAAGGAAAAGGGUAGGCGAGCUUCUGCAAAAAGGAAUCUGCAGAACAAGAAUGCGCAAAAGAAAUACAGGGACAAGAAGAAGAACCUGGCCAUCAGAACUUUUGACUUUGCCGUUGAAAUGACGAAACUCGGUUGUAUUAUUGAAGGGCGGAUGGCCAAGGCGUUUCGGGAUAGGGUCAACGGAUACCUGAAGGAUAUCAGUGCUAUGGACGAUAAUUAUCUGAAAGAGUUCAUGGAGCGAACCGAGAUGGAUUGUAGAUAGAUUGUACAUCUAUUAUAUAAUCUGCGCAGUGUUGUAGAUUGAAUGCUUUCGUCUCUUUUGGCCCUUUGGGGGUCAUCAUAUAUAUUUAGGAGGAUAGGAAGAUGCCAUACAUCAUCUUACUUUCUCCUAUUCCUUCCGUAGCUGCGGU